AUGGCUGAAAUGUCGUGGCGUUCGUCUUUCCGCUGCUCAAAGUUUCGCCACGUUUUUGGGAAGCCAUCCACCAAGGAGCACAGCUAUGACGGGGUGCCAAUCACACACAGCGUCCACGACAACCACUUCUGCUCAGCCAAUCCCUGCUUCAUUGCUGUGGUGACGGAGUGUGCUGGGGGCGGGUCCUUCCUAGUCCUGCCGGUCCAUCAUACAGGCAGGGUGGACCCUCAGCAUCCACGCGUGUGCGGGCACAGCGGGAGGGUCCUGGACGUCAAGUGGAACCCAUUUGAUGAUCACUGCAUCGCCUCCUGCUCAGAAGACUGCACUGUAAAGAUCUGGGACAUCCCAGUUUGUGGCGUUCAACAGAACCUCACUAAGGCCAGGAAGACUCUGAUAGGUCACAAGAGGAGGGUGGGAAUUAUUGAAUGGCAUCCAACAGCUGAAAACCUGCUGCUUAGCGCCGCCUAUGACUACAAGGUCCUCCUCUGGGACGUGUCUCAAGUUGGAGCCGUGCUCAGGUACCCGGUCCGGGUGGUUUUGAUGCCCAUCUUCCACCGCUACCCAGCAGAAGCACUGCUACUCUCCGUCAGCUUCAACACUGAUGGCAGCAGGCUGGCAGUAACUUCUAAAGACAGACGGGUUCGAGUCCUGGACCCACGAACGGGAAAGAUCUUACAAGUUUCCAGCAGUAAGUUCCACAGGGCCAGUAAGGUUUUAUACAUCGGAGAGUUUAAAAUGCUUCUGUCCACUGGCAGCUCACCCUGGAACCACAGACAAGUCGUCCUCUGGGAUCCUGAUGACUUGUCUGAGCCUUUGUAUGAGGAGGAGUUGGAUGGAUCUGCUGGAGUCCUUUUUCCAUUCUAUGACCCCGACACACGCAUGCUCUACUUGGCUGGAAAGGGUGACGGAAACAUCCGGUACUACGAGAUGAGCAAUGAGAAACCUUUCCUCAGUUUCCUGACAGAAUACAGAUCCCUGCUACCACAGAAAGGACUUGGGGUGAUGCCAAAGCGUGGCCUGGAUGUGAGCUCCUGUGAGGUUUUCAGAUUUUACCGUCUGAUUGCCAUUAAAGACCUGGUGGAACCGCUGUCGAUGAUCGUACCACGAAAAGAGUCCGGUAUUUUCCAAGAGGACCUGUACCCGAUGACAGUUGGAAACCAGGCAGCAAUGACGGCACAGGAGUGGCUGUUGGGGAUCAACAGAGGCCCUGUGCUGAUGUCCCUUAAACCAGAGACUCGAGUUGCCAACCCUUACCCAGAAACCCCUGCAGAGAAGGGGGUAGUGAGGAAGCUGAGCUCCCUGAGGUUCCAGUUGGGUCCUGCUGAUGGUUCAGUGUCCAGGACUGAUCUGGACUUUACGGAAGAGGCCUUCUUUGAGGAGCAGCUGGCCUACCAGGAUGCCAAAUACCCAAAGGAAGUGAGCGAUUUGUCUGGGUGGCAGCCAGAUGAGACCCAGAUCCCCAUGUGGACUUACUGCUGCACUCCACACUGCUGCGAACCAGCGGAAAGACCACCGCCUACAACUGAGAGUGAGCUCCUGCAGGCGUUUUACAGGCAGCAAGACGAGAUCCGAGGCCUGAGAGAACAGCUAAUCAACAAAGAUGUGAGGAUUUCUCAACUGGAGAUGGAGAUCAAAAACACAAGAAAUAACAUGAGGGCAACCUUCUGAUCCAGCUAAGCCUAUACAUAGUGGUUCUAGCUUGCCCAAUUGAACCACCCAAACAAUAAAAGAAACGUGUGA